CAUAUUCUUCAUCGAGAGAACGCGAUCCUUUUCUUCUAUGGUCCCCUAAAUCGUCUUCCUCUCAAAAUUUCAGCAAAACCUUCCAUUGGUAGCAUUUUGGUGAGUCCUUCUUCCUGCCCAGUGGUUCCGAUUAGGGCUUUUGGAUGGACCGUAUGCAGUCCAUACAAAGCCGAGUCGAGUCGUGGAUCAAAGAUCAGCGCGACAAGGUCCUCAAGGUCUCCUGGGGACCUCUGCAAUGGAAAAUGAGGUGGCCCUUCUGGAACUCCAACUACAGGGAGCAGAGGAAGAAGAUUCAGCAAGAGUACGAACGCCGGCGGCAGCAACUCCACGACCUCUGCCUUGCUCUUAAGGCUGAGUCUGUUGUCGACCUACAAGAGAUUCUCUGUUGCAUGGUUCUUUCCGAAUGCGUUUACAAGAGACCUGCAAGCGAGUUAGUUCGAGCUGUGAAUAAAUUCAAGGCCGACUUUGGAGGACAAGUUGUUUCUCUGGAGCGUGUGCAGCCAUCUUCAGAUCAUGUUCCACACAGGUAUUUACUAGCAGAAGCUGGCGAUACAUUGUUUGCUUCCUUCAUUGGAACAAAGCAAUACAAGGAUGUAAUGGCUGAUGUGAAUAUACUACAAGGAGCUAUAUUCCAUGAAGAUGUAGUGGAUGGUGUUGAUGGCGAAAUUUUGAAUUCUGAUGAAGAUGAGAAUCGCAAGGGAAAAUUUGAGAAUUCAUGGAAUCCCCUUGAGUCAAAGGCUAAGCAGCUGAAGAAUAAAUCCAAACCUGCUGCCCAUCGGGGUUUCUUGGCUCGUGCCAAUGGAAUACCUGCUCUGGAGUUAUACAGGCUUGCUCAAAAGAAGAAACAGAAACUUGUGCUAUGUGGACACUCACUUGGUGGAGCUGUAGCAGUUUUAGCUACUCUUGCCAUUCUGAGGGGUAUUGCAGCUUCUUCUUCUCUAAAGGAGAGUGAAAAAUUUCAAGUCAAAUGUAUUACUUUUUCCCAGCCUCCAGUUGGAAAUGCAGCCUUGAGAGAUUAUGUCAAUAGGAAAGGCUGGCAGCAUCAUUUUAAGAGUUACUGCAUUCCAGAAGAUUUGGUCCCACGUCUAUUGUCUCCUGCAUAUUUCCACCAUUAUAAUGCUCAGCCUCUUAAUGCGUCACCUGAGACUCGAGGCACUAAUCUACUGACAAAUAAACGUGAGGAAGGGGCCGAGAAGCCAAAAGAGAAGGAUGGGGAGCAGUUGGUUUUAGGUCUGGGCCCUGUACAGACUUCCUUCUGGAGACUUUCGAAGCUCGUUCCUUUGGAGAGUGUUAGAAGGCAAGUUAAUAAAUACAGAGAAAAACAGAAGGCUACUGUUGGGACAUUUUCAGCAUCAGAUUCUGUUUCAACAGCCUUACUUGAAGAUGAUGUCGUUGAACCUCAAUCUCUUGAAAUUGAGGAGGGUUUGGAUGGUAUAUCUCUGAAGCCAAUUUCUGACUCCGAUAAUUGUCCACCUGCAAAUGUAAAAGCUACUAAAAAGAAUGGGGUUGGUAGGAACUGGCGUAGAGUGCCCUAUUUACCUUCAUAUGUUCCUUUUGGGCAACUUUAUCUCUUGGGGAAUUCCACGGUUGAGUCACUCUCUGGAGCGGAAUAUUCAAAGCUGACUUCGGUAAGUUCUGUAAUUGCAGAACUACGGGAACGGUUUCAAUCACACUCAAUGAAAUCAUAUAGGUCUCGAUUCCAGAGAAUCUAUGAAUUAUGUAUGAAAUAUGAUGCCUCAUCUAUCAUGGGAGUAGAACAAAUGCAGCAAUUUCCGCAUCUUCAGCAGUGGCUUGGACUUGCCGUUGCAGGUACUGUCAAGCUUGCACAAAUAGUGGAGUCUCCAGUUAUUCGAACAGCAACUUCUGUUGUUCCCCUUGGAUGGAGUGGUACACCCGGUCAGAAAAACUGUGACCCCUUAAAAGUUGAUAUUACUGGAUUUGGGUUGCAUCUUUGUACACUUGUGCAUGCUCAAGUAAAUGGGAACUGGUGUUCAACGAGGGUGGAGUCAUUUCCCUCAGUUCCAACCAUAUCGUCAAGUGAGGGAGCCCCUGAACUUCAAAAAAUGCGAGUUGUGAUUGGAACACCUCUGAAACGGCCACCAAACCAUCAGGCAGUGGCUGAUUCAGCAAGCCCAGUGUUCCCAGUGACUAACUCAUCUGUCGAUGAUUCUAGCACAGAACAUAGAUUACCCUUUAAUAUUGAGAAAUUCAUCCGUCCUGAAGGCUUGGGGGAUUUUUUCAUAUUCUGUACCAGUGAUUUUGCAACAAUCAUGAAAGAGGUACAUGUGAGAACUCGUAGGGUGCGGCUACUUGGCCUUGAGGGUUCGGGCAAAACUUCACUUUUCAAGGCAAUAGUUAGUCAGGAUAGGAUGACCCCCAUUCCACGCAUUGAGCAUCUGCUUCCAGCAAUGGGAGCUGAAGAAGCAAUUUCUGGUGGCAUUUGCUAUUGUGACUCGCCAGGAGUGAAUCUGCAGGAACUUAAGAUGGAAGCAUCAAAUUUCAGGGAUGAAUUAUGGAUGGGGAUUCGUGACCUCAGUCGGAAAACAGAUUUGCUGGUUCUUGUUCAUAAUCUAUCGCAUAAAGUACCUUUAUGCAUGCAAUCAAAUGGAUCACAACCAAAGCCGGCACUAUCUCUACUUUUGGAUGAGGCUAAAGCUCUUGGUAUUCCUUGGGUCCUUGCCAUAACAAACAAGUUUUCCGUAAGUGCGCAUCAACAGAAAGCAGUAAUUGAAGCCGUUUUGCAAGCUUAUCAAGCAUCUCCAUCCACUACGGGAAUAAUCAAUUCGAGUCCUUACGUUUUCAUUCCUGGUGCUGCUACUGCUUCCUUGUCCACCAGUGCAAUUAUUGAAGACUCGGAUGUGAAAAUGGCUGCUCAAAAGCUUUUUCUUGCUCCAAUCAAUCUUGUUAGGAGGCCUUUUCAGAGGAAAGAGACUGUUCUACCGGUGGAGGGUGUCAACUCUCUCUGUCAGCUUAUCCACCGUGUACUUCGUAGCAAUGAGGAGACGUCAUUUCAGGAGCUGGCUAGAGAGAGACUUUUCAUGGAAUUGGAAUACGAGCGUGCAAUGUCCAUGGAUGCAACCCGAGAUGCAAAAGCCAAGGAAAAUUCUCUAACAUCUGCAGCAGUUGGUGCCUCCCUCGGUGCUGGCCUUGGCAUUGUUCUGGCAGUCGUUAUGGGAGCAGCCUCUGCAUUGAGAAAACCUUGAUCCUUCAUCUUGCCAUAAUUUGUGAGUUGUAUAUUCUGGGUGAAAGCAGUUGAAUGGUUUUCUUUGCAUAGUGGUCUAUUUAUUUAGUUAAAAUUCCUCUAUUGAUUACCAUUACCUACAAUACAUUAUUUGCUUUAUUCAUGUAAAAUUAUAGAAGAAAAUUGGAUCUCUCAGAAAUUUCGCAGGUUGGAUAUAAUGUACAGGGCAGCAUUAGAAAUUUAGCUUCCCCCAAUUUGGUUGUAUUCUCAAAAACACCAGCUUGGUAGACUAUUAAGAGGAAGUGGAAUCCUUAGUUUUGAAAUAGCAAAAAGUUUUUUUUUUUU